UAUACUAAAUCAAACUCAUAACAUAAACAACAUAAGCUGGUCGUGCCGUCUAGCCGACGAUUACGGGUGACUGAAGUGGGUCCCCUUCUCUCUGUUUUUAGACUGCCUCUAAAGUUCACUUUUUUUCUUAUUUUUCUUCACUUCUUAAAUUUUAAUGGCGUCUUCAUCUUCUACAACUUCAACUACUACACGUGAAGGUCACUACAGAGGCGUACGGAAGCGGCCAUGGGGACGUUACGCAGCAGAAAUAAGAGACCCGUGGAAGAAAACUAGGGUUUGGUUAGGUACAUUUGAUACACCGGAGGAAGCUGCACUUGCUUACGACGGCGCCGCUCGUUCUCUAAGAGGCGCUAAAGCUAAAACUAAUUUUCCGUCUCCGCCUACUGCUCUUUCGCUCGACCUCAACGUUCCUUCUGAUCAUUCUCAUCACCACCACCACCAUGGCCAUGGCCAUCACCAUCGUUGGGCUUCAGCUUCUGCUGCCACCGGCCACCGUUUUGCUUUCGGUGAGUUUUUGCAGACUGGGAUUCUCAAGGAACUGAACUUUAAUGGCGAACCCGGUUCAAAUCAGGUUAAAAACGAAGGUGGAGUUGGUUUUACCGGUCUGGGUCUCAGUGUCGGCGUUGGCGGCGGUGGUGGCCCAAUGCCGGAAAUGGCUGUUCCGUCGUCGUUUUUGGGGAUAGUGCGACGUGGGUUGCCGAUAGAUUUGAAUGAGCCGCCACCUUUGUGGCUGUGAUUAUCUACUGUGUUUAGCUGUUAAUUACUAUUACUAAUGAUGGUCGAGGUGUGUCUUAUUAUUCACUGUUUAGGGCAUUUUUUCGAGGUUUUAAUUUUAAUUUAACUUUACAUAUUUAAAUCCUUUCUGUUUAAUCUAAUUAUGCUCUUUGUAUGGUUUGAUCUUAUGUAAUGUACUAUCAAACAGGGAGCUAGAAAGUAACCUCGUAUCAUAAUUUUUAGACUGCUUAUUAAUACUCCAAUCCAAUGUUUCUGUAUAUAAUGUCAAUAUGUUAUUUCAAUAUUAUUCUGCUUUUAUUAGUUUA